AUGAAUAGAUUCAAUGACUUUUUUUCUGAUGUUGAAAUAUUUGAUUUGGGGUAUUACGGUCCUGACUUUACUUGGAGAAGGAGUUCCAUGUGGGAAAGACUUGACAGAAUGCUUGGUAACUCAAAAUGGGUUCAAACAUUCCCAUUCACUGUCAUUUCUCAUUUGACUAUGGCAGAUUCUGACCAUAGGCCCCUCCUGUGCACAAUCCAAAAUGUUGAAAGCCCAUUUAAAGCUCCUUUUAGGUUUCAGAACAUGUGGACCCUCCACCCUCAAUUUGUGGAAGUAGUAGGUAAGCUUUGGAGGUCUGAAGAUGAUACUAAUCUCUGGAUAAAUCUGUGGAAACUCCAGAAGAAGGUGGUUUCUAAGCUGAGGAAGUGGAAUAGAGACACUUAUGGUAACAUACGUGGGAACUUGAUUAAAGCUCAAAGUAAAGUGAUUAGCAUGGAAGACAGUUUCCAAAGGGGUUUGAUUUUUGAAGUUGACCUCCAUAAAGCUAAUGAAGAGUUGUUACUCCAUAUCAGUUACACUGAAUGUUUUCUGAAGCAGAAAGUUGUUGUUACCAAAUUUAUGGAAGGAGAUAGAAACUUAAGUUAUUACCAUGCUUGCAUUAACUUCAAAAGGAAAAAUAAUUUGAUUUUAUCUAUUCAGGAUUCUGCUGGCCAUGUGCUGACUAAUGCUGAGAAUAUUGCCUAA